AUGAAUCUUAUUUUCCGACGGCCACUUUCCACACUCACGAAACCGCGAACUAUCUUCUCUGGCAUUCAGCCAACAGGAAUUCCACAUCUAGGCAAUUACCUCGGCGCCCUUUCAAACUGGGUGGACCUUCAAAAGAAUGCAAAUCCACAAGACCAACUGCUCUUCUCCGUCGUUGGCUGGCAUGCCCUCACAUUACCCCAGGACCCGAAAGAGCUAGCGACGUCGAGAAGAGACAUGCUUGCUGUUUUAUUAGCUAUUGGACUUGAUCCAAAACGCUCGAUUAUUUUCCACCAGGACUCUAAUGCUAUGCAUACCGAACUAGCAUGGAUACUUGGCUGUAUAACGCCAACUGGAAAGCUGCGACGCAUGACUUCAUGGAAGACGCGUUUAGCACAGUCAAGAAAUGCCAACGACGAAUCUGAGGUCGACGAGUCGCUCUUAAAUGCGGGCUUGCUCACCUAUCCUGUUCUUCAAGCCGCCGACAUUCUUCUCUACCGUGCAACUCACGUGCCCGUUGGAGACGACCAGCGACAGCAUCUCGAGCUCAGUCGCGAUAUAGCAGACACCUUUAAUCGUACAUUCAAGGAUUCCUCCUCCGGACGGUUGUUUCCUGUACCGACUUCAUUGAUUACACCCGCCAAACGAAUUCUGUCGCUCAAGGACCCAAGCUCCAAGAUGUCCAAGUCAACACCAGAUCCGGCCUCUCGCAUCCUCCUCACUGACUCACCCUCUCUGGUCGCCUCCAAGAUCCGAGCAGCCGUGACUGACUCCAUUACCACUGGAAUAACCUACGACCCGGUUUCACGACCAGGCACCUCAAAUUUGCUUUCCAUCCUUGCUGCUUGCGAAGAGGGCGAGGUUGAUCCCGAAGCUGUGGCCUUACGAUGUGCCGCCGACGGGAUGUCACAUGCAGACUUGAAAAAAGAGGUAUCUGAGCGGGUCAAUGCGCUUUUGGAGAAACCGCGAGCGGAAUUCUCCAAAAUUCGCGCCGAUGAAGGAUACUUGGAACAAAUCUCACGGGAAGGUGCAGAAAAGGCGAAAGUGAUUUCGUCAGAGACUAUGGAGUCAGUCGGAAAUCAUGUCAUCGGCUUGUGUUGGCAAACGGUUAACAUACUCAACUUGAAGAAAACCGAAACAGAACUACGACAGCUUCUAGAAGUCGAUGUUGAAGACUUACAACGGUUAAAAAUUCGAAUCAACAACAAUGAAUUUCUAGGUGGGCUGGCAUGCGAUGUUGCGCUUUUGAAGGGUUUCAAGUCUGAAUACCUGGAACGAUUGCGAGCCAUUCGGAUCGCUCUCGGCAUGGAUUGUACAGCGAGUGAUGACUCAAAUUGGGAAGAGGAAGGUUUGGGGCAAAAUAUACCAGAGGAAGAGCUCUGGUCACCUCCUUUGACUCCCUCUCUUGAAGAUGAGGUCACCCGGGACAUCCUGCAAGACCAAUAUGGUCGUCUUCUGAAGGACACAUUCAAAAUCGACAUGUUACGCGUUGACCAAGCCGUUGCCAUAGAGCACACUAUGGCGAAACGCGAUGUUUUCGUCUUUAAGCCCACGGGAAGCGGCAAAAGUCUGGUAUACCAACUUCCAGCUAUGGCGGAGCGGAAGCUUCAUCCGCGCAAAGUCACAGUCGUUGUCUCGCCUCUGCAGGCACUCAUCCACGACCAAGAAAUGAGCUGCAUUGCCCAUGGCAUCCCUGUCCUCGCUAUCACAUCCGACCGCCCCCAAUCUGAUGAGACCAUCCGUCACAGAUUCUGGACUGAAGAGCCGGUUCUAAUCUAUGUUACGCCUGAGCGAUUAAACCGGAGCACAAAUUUCCAUCGGUUUCUCUGCGAACUUUAUAGAAAUGAUCACAUUAGCCGCUUUGCGCUCGACGAAAUACAUAGUCUCCUUUCCUGGGGUUUAACAUUCCGACCAGAGUACCUCAAUCUCACAUUUCUGCGGGAGGACUUCCCGCACGUGCCUAUCGUCGCUCUUACAGCAACCACUACUACGCGUAGUAUCCAAGAAAUCACCACGCUCCUUCGAAUGACAAACACGAUACUUGUGCGCUCCUCACUCAUCCAAGGCAAUCUUCAGGUCACGAUACAUCACAAAUCAGGCAACAGCAGCCAGGUCGGCGCCUUAGUCAAGGACAUUCAAAGCAAGCCAAGCACCCAUUCGGGCAUCGUCUAUUAUAACAGUCGCAGCGGUUGUGCAUAUCUGGCAAAAAAGCUGGAAGCUGAAGGGAUAAGGGUGGCACUAUUUCACGCCGGUCUCUCGCCGGAUGAAAAGCGAGCGUCGUAUGCGAACUGGAUGAAUGGCAGCAUACAAGUAAUGGUUGCCACGAACGCUUUCGGGAUGGGUGUAGACAAACCAGAUGUGCGAUUCAUUGUCCAUUAUGAUUGCCCAAAGAGCACAGAAUCAUACUUACAAGAGAUUGGUCGUGCGGGAAGAGACGGACAAGAUGCCGAGUGCAUUCUCUACUACCGAUACUCUGACCUUUUCCCCUCAUUGUUCCCAUCUCGCCUGGACAACAUGACCCCAAAGGCUCGGCGCAGAAUGAAGCAAGCAAAAGAACUGGUAGAAGUCCUCCACAGUUCUAGUUGCAUAAACCAGCGUCUUUACCGUUACUUUGGAGAGCGGUCUGCUCCAUGCAACAAGCAAUGCAGCAACUGUCUCAACGGCGCAUCUCGCAAAACUGUUGAUUUUGCACUGUUCUCAAAAGUCAUUCUUGGGUACCUGCGGGACAUCUUCACUCACAAGUCCAACGAGAAAGUGACCCCGAACCAACUAGUGGAACUACUCUGCGGCCGCAAGGCUAAGAACGAACGAAACUCCCAUCCCGGAUAUGGCAGUGCGAAAGACCACAAUAUGACUUUCGAGUUGGUCGAGAAAGUACUAGGAGCUCUCAUACAUCGGCAAGCCCUCACCGUCGAGCGAGCGAGCUCUGAGGACGAUCAUCGGAACAAGCAUUGGUAUAUCAAGUUCGGAGCCAAAGCGCUCGACCACAAGUAUCUCGAUGCCGAUGGCUGCUUUCAUAUCUCGUUUUUCGAAUCACCCUCCAUGCGGAUUACUACUCCAUCACCAGCGAGACGUGCUGUGAAGACCAAGAGGCAUGGCCAUAAGGCGCCGAGGCCAAUGGCUGGCCACGACUACGAGGCCGACAACAGUGAUUCGGAGUCCGAGUGGGAAGGAGGCAGCGGGAACAUCUCAGCGGAUACCCUAAGCUCAGAUGAAGAAAUUAACCCAAUUCAGAUAUCGAGCUCCAAAAGACAAACUACUCGGCGACAUAGCGUGAUCUCCCUGAGCUCGGAUUCAGACUCUGAGGCAUCAGAAACCGACUCGUCGAUGCAAUCCUUUACCCCGCUGCUCGACAAAGAACAGGAUCUUGAUGUCCAACCAGCCGCAACCAAAGCGAAGCCACCUCCGGCUACCUAUAUCUUCGUCGACUCCGGAUCGGACGCAGAAGAAGGGCUGGUGGCGUAUGGCUCGGAUGUGGAGUUGAUUGCCAACUUGAAGACUCCGAAGAAGAACAGGACUAGCCUCGCUCGCGACUUUGGUACCCGCCCCAAAGCACAGGCAUCGGGGAAAUCGCUCUCCCCAUUGUAUGGAAGGAAGGCCCACCCUGGCACUAGAAGACGCAAUAACUUGAAACGGCGUCGUGAUAGCUCAGUAGAGAUGUAA